AGAUGAUUCAGUUCCACAAUGGGCAACCCUCUUUCACCGAACUGAGAGCUGUUGCUGUGCCAGACCCAGACCCUUGCUGAGCCGGGCGCUGGCGACAAGUCCCGAAGUUUCCCCGUCUUGACCUCAUCCACUCCGAAAAGUUUCCACACCUCACCCCGGGCCACCAAUUGGCUUUGAAAGCAUGAAAGCGCAGCACUUUCAUUUGAUAUAGUCGGAUCCUCCCAUUACUUGGCCCUAAUGCCCUUCAAAACUCCCCUGUGGUCUAUUGUCCGCAGCUACUCUACCAGGCCGGCCAGGUCGCGGCUCGGGAAGAAGGCUUUGAGUCUGGAUCAUUUCCUCCAGAGAUCCCGUGUCCUAUCCCUCUACCGUGAAAUCAUCCGCGGCACACGCCGCAUCGCGGAUCCAAACACCCGCGUCGAGUCGAGACGAUACGCCCGCGAUGAGUUUGAGCGUCACCGAGAUGUGACGGAUCUCGGACACAUCCGCUAUCUCAUUUCAACAGGCAAGACGGAGUGGCAAGGCAUGGAGCGAUACGUCGACGGAAUGUAGACUCUCAUCAUUGUAAAACCAAAAUAGAAUCUCUGUAUAA